UUAAAUUAUUAUGAAGCAUUUGAAUAUGUUUCUGACUUUUAUUUUUACAUACCAAAUGUAUAAUGAUGGGACAAAAUCUCCUACCUUAACAGAGGUUCAGAAUCUGAAUGGACCGGCCAAAUUCGAUCCAUCACGACGGCGACGUUUUCGUAGAUGCGUUUCAACAUUUUCCCGCCGAGGGCUCGCCGGAGCCUUCCGAUUCGGCUUCCAGGCUUCCGGAUCCUGCACCCGAACCUAAGUCAUACUAUCCGGCUGCCACAAUCCGGCGCCGGCCAGUUAGUCGCGGUUUUGCGGAUACUCAAUCUUCAGGAUCUAGCUUGGAGAGCGAUUUAGUGAAUGGCAAUUGGAGAAGUUUCCAACACCGCAGGUGGCAUCGAAAUCUCAAGAAAGACGAGAAUACGGAGAAACCCGAUUUGGAUGACCCGCAACAAGUUAAUGCCUCGACGGAGGAGAACAACGAGGGCUCCACCGUAACUUCAGCUGCGAACGAUGAUUCAGCUGUCGACUCCGUUGACUCGGCGCCGCGACAAGGUGACUCGUCUUCGAGUUUCCUCGACCUCCCCGCGGGGUUGGCGAUUAACUUAUUAGGGUUUCAGAUUAAGUUAAUGUUCAUGUUCAUAACUUACCCGCUGUUGUUCGUGUUUUAUUCAUGCAUGUUUUUCAUGGAUCCUUUGGGGACAACGAAGAGGGGCAAGGUUUUCCUUGUAGGGAUUUUGAACAGAGGGUGGUGUGGUUUGUUUCGGUGCAUUAGGCCUUAUGUCAGUAGAUGGUUCAAGGAGAACGAAUCGGUUUGGAGCGUGGCUUUGCGGUGGGGGUGGGGGGUUUUGUGCUCAGUCUAUGUUGGUUGCGUUUUGUUUGGUCUUCUGGUUUCGUCGUUUGUGUUUAGUAUGUUGUUGAUGAAGUAUUUGGUGGAGAAGCCGAUUCAGAUGAGGGAGGUUUUGAACUUUGAUUAUAGCAAGCAUAGUCCUGUCGCAUAUGUGCCGAUAAUGUCGUGUGCCGGUGUUAUUGGUGGUAUAGGUUCCGAGGAUAAGGAUGAUGAUCGGAAGUGGGUGGGUGAACGGUUUAUACCUUCUAAGCACAAGGUGCAACUCACUGUUGAGUUAAGAGUGCCAGAGUCAGGAUACAACAGAAACCUUGGGAUCUUUCAGAUCAGGGUAGAUUUCCUAUUGCCUAAUGGUAAAGCUAUUGCAAGCUCAAGUCAACCUUGUAUGUUAAGAUUCAGAAGUCAGCUUAUCCGCCUAAUCACUACUCUUCUAAAGAUUGUUCCUCUUGUUACUGGCUAUACAUCCGAAACUCAGACUCUGAAUGUGAAGAUGAGAGGUUUCAAAGAAGGAGAUCUACCUACUUCGUGUUUCAAAGUGACCCUUGAGCAACGAGCAGAAUAUCAACCAGGUGCAGGCAUUCCUGAAAUAUAUGAUGCAUCUCUGAUUGUUGAAUCGGAACUUCCAUUGUUCAAGAGGAUUAUUUGGCUUUGGAAGAUGAGCAUUUUUAUAUGGAUCGCGAUGAUGGCAUUCUUCACAGAGUUAAUCUUUGCUCUUGUGUGUUGCACGCCUAUCAUUAUUCCGAAAACAAGGCAAAGGCUGGAUUCAGCUCGCCGUCCUGCAACCUUAAACCGUCCUCAGGCACUAGAUUGAGAUUGCUUUUUUCUCCAGUCAUUAUUAACCGUGAUGGAAGUAAAGUUUUUGUCUAACAAGUUAGCCUAGCAUGUAUUAAUUUGUUUUAGUGUCCUAACAUCUAAUUGUUAUUUUUUUUCUGUUGAAUUUCUUUCGCAAAUGCUUCAGAGCA